AUGGAAAAUCACAUCGAAUUCACUAAGUGGGUGGUAGCUCAAGGUGUUGUGAUCAAUGGAAUUGCGGCACAUAGAUUCCCUGGAAGAGGUCUUGGGAUAAUCGCGGAGAAGAAUCUUAAGGCAGGAGAAGUCAUUCUCAGCGUUCCAAUAAAAGCCCUUCGAACAAUCCACACGGUUCCUACAGAGAUCUCAAAGCAUAUCCGCGGUAAAACUACAACUCACGCUCUGCUAGCAGCAGAAUUAUGUCUCGAUACCUCUCCUCAAUUCGAUCUAUGGCGUUCUGUCCUACCCUCAGUCGCGGACUUUGAAGAGUCGCUACCUUUAACAUGGGACCAAUCACUACAAGACCUACUUCCCGCAGCUGCAAAAACCCUUCUCUUAAACCAGAAAAGAAAACUCAAACUCGAUUGGGCUUCAAUAUCAACUGCGUUUCCCGAGCUCGAUUACAAUGACUUCCUAUACAAAUGGAUGAUAGUCAACACACGAACGUUCUACUAUCUAUCUUCAAAAGCCAAAAAAAAGCCCGCGAGAGAUGAUUGCAUGGCACUCAAUCCCUUCGCCGACUACUUCAACCACGCCUCCCACGGCUGCACCGUAACCUUCGCCUCCUCAGGCUACACCAUCACGACCGAAGCCCCCAUAAACUCAGGCUCCGAAGUCUACAUCUCCUACGGCAACCACAGCAACGAUUUCCUGCUCGCCGAAUACGGAUUUAUCAUGGAUUCCAACGCAUGGGACGAGAUCUCGCUGGAUGAAUACAUCAUCCCGAAACUUAGCGAGAAGCAGAAAGAGCACUUGAAAGAUGCGAGGGUGCUUGGGAAAUAUGUUUUGGAUCGGGAGACGGUGUGUUAUCGGACGCAGAUUGUGGUGAGGAUGUUGGUUUUGCCGUUGGGGAGGUGGAGGCGGUUUGUGGAUGGGAAUGAUGAUGGGGAGGGGGAUCAGGGUGUUGUGGAUGGGUAUUUGGAAGGGGUGUUGGAGGAGUAUCGAUCUGAUGUGCAAGUCAAAUUGGAGGCCAUAUCAAGUCUGGAUGUCGGAUUGGAUUCUCAAAGAGACACCUUAAAACGACGAUGGUCACAGAUCGACAUACUCCUCCAAGCAGCUCUAGAUAGACUAAAAAGAUGA